UCGUGUUGCUUGGAAUCUCUAGAAAUGUUUGCACUUAAGAUAAGACGGCGAAUGUAUAUUCGGACAUCAGAAAAAGAGAAAACGAAAAAUUGAGUGUAAAAAGUACAAAUCACACGACGAACUUUUAAUUUACGUAAAAAUUAUCGAGUUUUCUACGAAUGGAGGGUUUAUGAUGUCUCAACACGGAGCUGCUCUGCAAACAUAUAACCAGGAACUCGUUAAAUGUUUAGAAGAGAUGAAAUUAAGGCGAGCAGAACUCCAAGCUCAAAUAGUAUCUCAGGAAGAAGAGAAGAAUAAUUUGCAACGUGAAAUCGAGAAAAUGUCGUGUAAGCUUACACAUUUAAAUGAUAGUCUAGCAAAAAGAAUCGCUGUCAGAAAUGAAUAUGACAGAACAAUUGCUGACACUGAGACAGCAUACAUGAAGGUAAAGAUUUUGGAGAGUUCACAGUUAUUGCUUAAUAUGAUCAAAAAAGAAGCUGUAAGCCUGGAUCAGACUUUAGUUAAAGCUAAAAUUGAAAAAUAACGGUUAUAAACAAAAUUAAAAUUUUACAAAAAACUUGUGAAACUACAUAUAUAUCUAGAAAAUGUAUUAUCA